AUGAGUCGUACUCGACGUCAGGUCCUAGGCGCUUGCCUUGGGGCUUUUCUAGUGCUCCUACUUUACCGCUAUCAUCGCAAAAACUACGGGAACCCUCUCUUGGCCCCUCCACACGAUGCACAUAAAGUCACUCUGAAUGUUGAAAUUAACCCAAAAUUUCCAUGGAGAACACUACCCGUGCGAUAUCCAGUCGCCGAAGUCCAGCCACUACCUACAUUGCCUCAGAACCUGCCCAAGGUCCAACCCACGGAUUUCAAAUCAUCUCGUCUCGAUUUGGACCGCCAAACUAGCAGACAGUUGGCCGUGAAAGAAGCCUUUGAAAAAUGUUGGAAGUCAUACCAGUCGCUUGCGUGGGGGGCAGAUGAGCUUUCGCCUCUCAGUGGUAGUUCUAAAAAUGAGUUGGGGGGAUGGGGUGCUACGCUAAUUGACAACCUUGACACUCUGUGGAUUAUGGGGAUGCACGACGAGUUCAAGAAGGCCGUGGCGGCAGUCACUCGUAUAAAGUUCGAAGAUACACCGUCGCCCGAAAUCAAUACUCAUGAUGUCAACAUCCAUUUGCUUGGAGGCCUGUUGGCCGCAUUUGAUCUCAGUACGGAUCGGAAAUUGCUGGUAAAAUCCAUCGACUUGGCCGAUAUGCUUUACGCCGCCUUUGAUACCCCGAACAGAAUGCCCAUCAUACAUUGGAACGCACAUAAAGCUGCCCGCAAAGAAGAGCAGAUUGCAGAGGAAAGCGUACUCAGUGCAGAACUAGGCUCAUUCACAGUGGAAUUCACAAGGCUAUCUCAGAUCACAGGUGACCCAAAAUAUUUCGACGCAGCUCAACGAGUCAUGGAACUGUUUGACAAGCAACAGGACGCCACCAAACUCGCAGGCUUGUGGCCUGUCUCCGUGAAUGCCAAAGAAGAGCUUUUCGACGAUGACACCUUCACCCUUGGCGCCGAAGCAAGCUCUUUCUACACGUCUCUACCUCGAGUAUACGCUUUGCUAGGAGGCCAAGUGCCCAUGUAUCGCAAUAUGUACGAAAAUGCUACACUCACGGCCGCAGGUCAAAAUUUAUUCCGACCAAUGAACCCGGAGGGCAAGGACGUGCUCAUGUCUGGCACCGUUCGAGUGGCCAUGACAGAUAGUGGGAAUUCUCAACUAUACCUAGAAUCGAAAAUGCAGUACCGAUCUUGUUUUGCGGGGGGCAUGUUUGCACUGGGAGGCGCACUGCUCAACAUCCCCGCCCACCAAGAAAUCGCCCACAAAUUGGUCGAUGGAUGCAUCUGGGGUCACCAAGUCGUACCACUGGGGAUCAUGCCCGAAACGUUUGAUGUUGUUCCUUGUGCGUCGCAGACAAGCUGCCCAUGGAGCGAGUUGCUUUGGAAGCAAGAGGUCUGGAAAAAGGCGAACAGCCUCCAGCCAGAACCAAAUCCAAAUCUUGACGUUGAUACUUUCAUUGAAGACCACCAUCUGCCCAAGGGGCUCCUCGGGAUCCCCGACACUGCUUAUAACUUGCGCCCGGAAGCGAUCGAGAGCAUGUUUACUCUUUACCGCAUCAGUGGACGCGAGGACCUACUCGACACAGCUUGGGAUAUGUUCCAGGCAAUGCAAAGUGCGACGCAGACAAAGAAUGGCAAUGCUGCUAUUGUUGCUGUCACGGAUGAGGGUAGUGAACUGACCCUCAAAGACUCGAUGGACAGUAUGUGGAUGUCGCAGACACUCAAAUACUUUUAUCUCAUGUUCAGCUCUCCAGACCUGAUUAGCUUGGAUGAGUUUGUUUUCAAUGCUGGAGGGCACCCUCUGAAACGCCCCGAGGUAUCACGAUAA